AGUCAAGUUGUCCCCACUUGUAAUUCUGUUAAAACUUAAACUUUGACCCAAAACGGACCAAAGAGAACACGUUUCUCCUUUGAUUUCUUCUCCUUUCGUCCACGGAACCGGAAUCCAGCGGGCAAGACAAGACAUUAUGUCUCAGGUGAGAAAAUGGAGGUUUGUGCAUGCCCAAAUUCGCCCCUGCGAGCUUGGUCUUCUUCUGAUUUCCGUUGUGUUGUUUCUGCUGAUCAUCAAAGGAGGAUAGAGUAUAUUAGCUCUGUGGUUUCUGCUGUUCUUAGCAAUCUUUUCUAUGCAAUUCUCACGUUCUUAUUUGGAGUUGUUGGGGCGACAUUAGGAGCAAUUACAGCAUUGAUGGGGGCACUAUUUGGCUUAAAAAGCAAUAGGGGCCUCCUGCAUGGGGCUGCUGCCGGAGCAAUCGCCGGAGCUUAUUUCUACCUUGAGUUCUUUAAAGCUUCAGUUGGUCUGUGGAAUUCUUUUGCCAAUGGACCUGUGUCCUUCCUUCACAUAAUUGUGGUAAUUUCAACACUUCUAAAUCCAACUAUGCUUUAUGUGGGAGAACUGUUUGGUCCAGUAGGGAAUCAGGAUGUAGAGGAUCACAUGGACACUGUUCGAACAAUCAAUGAAGUCCAGAGAUUAAUCGAUGCCAGAGGAGCCAAUGUAUCAUCCAGAAGCUCAGUUGAUUUGCUCCCAAAGACUAGAAUGACACACAAGAACAUAUACGACAAUUCAGGCAGCAGAAUCUCUUGCCCAAUUUGCCUUGAGGAUUUUCAACUUGGGGAAGUGGCUGGAAUCUUGCCACUGUGUCACCACAUGUUUCAUCGAUCUUGCAUCGCAAAGUGGCGUUCUAGGCACAGUUCUUGCCCGUUAUGCAGAAGGAACCAAUAACCCUUUUGAUGUGGCUCACAGCAGAGAAGCGCAAUUGUCUAGAACGGUGCCUCUUUCAAAAUAUUAGGAGUAUUUGUUAGGCCAAAUGUAAGAAGUUCAUUCAUUCAAAAUGUUCAAUGUUCCUUCAAAUGUAUAGUAGUUCUACGUUGAGUUUUGUAUACCAUCAUUUGAAUCUUGUGAUCAAUUGAGUUGAUUCUUUUGUAAA